CGUGUGUUGAAAGAGGAGAAAUGUGCAAUCAUCACGAAGUUGGACUGUAACUAGCUAAUGCUAGCUUAGGACGGUUAUCAACCAACGAUGAGAUUCCUCCGAACAUCACAAUUAAACAUGUUGUGGAGGAACUGCGUCUUCAAACCACCUGUCUUUGCAAAGAAACAGGACAGAUGGCAGACUCUGGUUCAUACCUUUUCACUUUGCCAAACCCGAACCCUCUGUACUAAAUGGGCACUGAGAAAAGAGGCUUCUCAGUCCAGCAACCAGGCUGCAGAAAAGCUUGACCUGGAUGUAUGGAAAUCUGUGAUGAGGUCACCAGGACUGCAGGAGGUAGAGGAGGAGAAGGAACAGAAGGAGGGGGAAGCUGUGGCAGCGGUGGGUCAAGGAAUUGAGUGUUCCCGUCUGGAGGCCACCCGUGAGCUGGUGGAAAUGUGGAGACAGGCAGGGAAGCUGGUGCCGGAGCAGAUGAGUGAGGAAGAGCUGCAGACCCUGGGAGAGCUGUCCACCAAGUCCUCCAAGAAGAAGUACCUCAAAUACCUAGCCAUCAAGGAGUGUCACAAAAAGACCCGGAGGGAGAAAAAGGAGAAGAAGAUGAUUGAAAAGAUGGUGGGCACAGAGGCUAAGAUGGCUGGAGAGGGAGAUGAUGAGGAGGAGGAGGAAGGGGGCAGUGACAGGCGGCUCAAGAACACUUUUCUUCUCCACUUUUGGGACCGCUCCAUGGACAGCGUAUUGAACUGGAGGGCUGCUCAGGCCAUGCAAUUUGGCCAGCCGCUGGUAUUCGAUAUGAGCUAUGAGCAGCACAUGUCCCGGCGGGAGCUGGAGAACACUGUCUCUCAGCUGAUGGAAAGCGAGGGCUGGAACCGCCGCUCUGCUGACCCCUUCCACCUCCACUUCUGCAAUCUGCAGAUUGAGGGGAGCUACCACCAGGAGCUGGUGAAGAGGUAUGGUGUGGCCUGGGACCGCCUCCUGGUCACCGCCACUGAGCUGCGCCACGUAGACUUGUUCCCCAACAACCAGCUUGUCUACCUGACUGCCGACUCCCCUAACGUGCUUAGAGCCUUUGACCACAGCAAGGUCUAUGUUGUUGGCUCACUUGUUGACAAGUCCAUACAGCCGGGCCUCUCACUGGCUAAUGCCAAGCGGCUAAAGCUGGCCACAGCCCGCCUCCCUUUGAAUGAGUUCCUCCAGUGGGAAACAGGCGCCAAGAACUUGACGCUAGACCAAAUGAUCCGGAUCUUACUGACAAUCAAGGACACUGGAAGCUGGGAGGCAGCACUUGAAUUUGUCCCCAAGAGGAAACAUGAUGGAUUUUACCAGCCUCAACAGGCAGGGAGAUCUGGAACUUCUCUCCCUAAAAAAUACAAAACAUUUCAUAACAGGGAGACACUUCCUAACAGCAGUUAUAAAACUAGCAGUGUAGAAAACAUUCAGGCCAGGGUACGAACUGCAUUAAAAACCAAACAGUUCAUGGAGCAUGAUACCAAAAGAAAGGGCAAAAAGAACUGGUGGGAAGAGGAAUAGCUUUGAUGUGACUUUUUACUCUGAAGUGCUGUAAGCAUUUCACAUCUCUUGGAUAAACUGUAUAAUGGGAUGCCAUGAUAGUGUGAC